GGCGUUGAUUUGGGUUAUGGAAUGCAUGAAGACUCUGUAGUUUUCAGAUGUAGUGUUCGCGGAAGAUUGUUCUCAAUUGGUGAAGAUGGUGUCGUCACCUGAGGAUUGGCCAGAUUUUGCUACACAUAUAGAAGAAUUCAGCCGCAGUAAGACUUUCUUCCCUAGUUUCAAGAUCAAACAUAUUUCAAAGGCACAAAACACAAUGGCGGACAAGCUUGCACGUGGUGCAAGGAGUUCUCCUUCAGCUAUAUUAUAUGUUGAUUCAAUACCACCGGUUUGGCUAGCUUAACCGAUGGUUUCUACUUAGAGUAUAGCUCCUAUGUUGUCAAAAAAAAAAAACUAGAAAUGAUGAAAUAAUUGACUUUCUCUGUUUCUGUUCUUUCAGUCUUUCGAUUCAUCGUUAUCACUAGGUCUGUGCAGAUUAUUGGUUUAGGCUUAGCGUGGACCUAUGCUGAAAAUUUGGGCAAUAGGAUUCGAUUCUGGCAUGAACUUGCUUUAUUUGUAUGGACCAUAAAAAUUAAUUCAGACACGAUCGGUAUGUAGAUUUUUGGUCGGUUGGCCCUUAGGGUUUUGGACCACUAUAACGUCAUUAGUCAUCAGCAUAAUUUACUUUUUUUGGUAAUCAGCGUAAUUUACUUUGUGUAUGUCUAAGAGAUCAAUAGUAACUGUUGACGAUUAUUAUGCCAUUUUACUUCUUUUGAACUUAUGAAUAUUGGUCCUUUAUUAAAAAAAAAACUUAUGAAUAUUGGUUGAUUUGUUUGAAGCUCGAACAUGUAUACAUAUGCCACCAAAUGCAAUUGCAAUAACGUUCUGUAUAAAAAAGCUAUAUAUAUACAUAUGUUGGUUUAGUGCAGGACUGCAAUGAGUAAAUAAAAGAGCAACUGGUAAAGAUCAUGGACAUAUAGUUUCUGAUCAUGCUAUACUACUUGAUUGAUUUUGAUGACUUGUCGAGAUUGACGAUAACAAAUAAAAAUCAGUUAUCAUUUACAAAAAAAAAAAUCAGUUAUGUAAGCAAAACUUACUAGUAUUGCCGAACUAAACGUUUUUAAGACAGAAGACAUGCAUGGUUGAAGUGAGAGACAUUUGGCCAUGUAUAUUUCAUCUCCGAUAUGAAACAAAAACCGAUUUUUAUUGUUUUUUUAUAAUGAGUAGAUAUGAAAGAAAAACUUGUUGAUAUAUAUAUAUAUACAUAUAUAUAUUGAAACAGAUCGAUGUAUAAUAAACUUAGAAUUAGUUUGUUAAUAUUCAUGUAAAUGUUUGUGAAGUUAUUUUAUUUCUGUAUGAUCCUAUAAAUGUUGUCUUACCAAUUAUGUUAUACCUUAAUAAUGAAAACUAUUUUUAUUAUUAUCAACUUUUAAUCUUAAUUUAUCUACUUUAUCUGGUAAUGGCUUAGGGAUGGUCGUAUACGAUAAGGUCAAUGCAUGUAUUUGCCAAACGUAUCAAUGUAUCAUCCUAUCUUGAUUCUUGAUAUUCCGAUUCACAUAGCCUAUGCUUAGAUGUUUAUUAAAACGAUAUUUAGCGUGUAUACAAUGGACAACUGUUCACAAACAGCUUUGAAUUACGUCUUAUCUUUUUGUUCAAUUCAGAUGAAACUUAUUCAGUAUUUGAUUUCAAUACACUUUAGUUGCUAUUUCCAUAAAGAUUUGUAGCCAUAUGAGUAUUUCAAGAAUACUAUCUGUAAACAGGAUCCUUAUUUAAGUUAUUAUAAUAACAAACUGUUUGAGCUAGAUAAGAAAUUAAUGAUUGAUUCUUGCUUGAUGGAAAAGCAUUUUCUUCGUCCAUGCCCUACCAACAAGAAUAGCUUGAUCGAAUGGCUACAUUAUUGUAGAGUUAUGUUUAAGGAAAAUUAGCCACCAUUAUUGUUAUCUGUUCACACAUUAUUAUUAUUUUUUGUCAAUCUCUUCACACAUUAUAUUAUCUAAAAAUUAUACUCCAUAUAACUUCAUUUAUUAUAUGUGCUUCCUUAAUUAGCCUUCUCCCAAUGUCUUCCUUAUAUAGAAGCAAUACCAAGGAGUUCCUUCAAACCAAAUAUUCCAAAUUACUACAAUAUGUUAGGAUUCAGUUUGUUCUUUAAUCUCUUCCAUUGUCUUUGUCCUUCAAGAUUCCAUAGAACAUCUUAACACAUUUGUAGCUGAUUGCCUUGUUGUAUCGUGUUGUUGCAACCUCUUGUUCUCCAAAUCUCAAUCUUUAUCUUCCUUGACUCCCUGAAAAGCUGGUCAAGAACACGAGAAAGUUUUAUGCAAAAUGGGGGAUAAACUAAAGGAUAAAAAGAACGGGGCUCACUUGUGAAUGUCGAGAAAAUACAGGGCUUGAUUCGGAAAGGAGAAAAGAGUCUAUGAGUAUAGAGAUGCAAGGUUUUGUAUGUUGAAGAAUUUGAAGGCUUUGGAGAAGUUUUCAAAGAAUAGUGAGUUUUUUUUAAGCUUCUGGGGAAAAGAACGGUUCAAAAUUCUUCGUCAAUGUCAAGUUGUGUUAAUAACAACUUUGACCUAAGAUUUGUAAGUUGUUAUGAGAUAGUUGAAGAAUAUUUAUAAUAUGUAUGUAUUUUCACAACUUCACAUAUUGAAUUUAAUGGAAAAAGAAAUCCACUAGGUUGGUGUUUCGCUUGUUCCAAACUUCAGAAAUUCAUAUUAUAUCUGCCAAAUAUUUUUCAUCAUGUAAUAAACAAAUGAUAUGAUUUGUUAAAAAAAUCAUAUAAUGACAAGUUCUUGCUAGCAUUUUUCUGGAUAAUAAGUCGUGAAAGAUUUAGGUUACAAAUAGAUAUACAGCAGAACAACUAGCAUUUUUUUUUACUUAACAAAAUAUAUACAAGAAUAAGUGGUUUGGUCAGAAAAUAUAUAAUAAGUUUGAUUGGUAUUUCAAUUUUAGAACGGUAAAGAAAAAAUGUAACAUACUUAUAGUAGGUUAGUUAUAUAUUUUCAAAAAAAUUAAAUAUACAACACAUCACUUAUCAGUAAACACCUAAAUAUAUAAGAUACUGAGAGUAGGCAAAAUCGAUUUUAAAUAGAUUAUGUAUAAUGUAAAUCAUAUAUACUAUGAAAUCAAACUGUCCAUUUAAAUAUUUAAAUUUAUUACAAAAUAGAAUAAAACAUAAUCAAUACUAGUAAUAAACAAGAAUAUAGUUGUCUAAUAAUGUGCUUCCUACUCAAUUUCCGAUUUAAAUGAUAUCACCGUCAACCCUUUGUCUCGACCUAUUUAAUAUCUUAUCAAUAAUUGAAAAACAAAAUUCAUAGUACCAAUCAAUAAAAAAGAAAAGAUAAUGUAAUUAAAUUUUACUUUACUACGCGGGAAUACAAUUCAACAAUAAUAACAAUAAUAAUAUAAAAAAAUAUUUCAACUUCGUCUCCAUAAACGCGCUUCUUCGUCUUUAAGAACUAUUCACCAUUCAAAUCCAAUUCCAAGAAUAAUAAUUAUCUUCCUUCUUCCUCCGUCAAUGGCGUCCGCGAAACCAACCGAUCAGAUCAAACAGCUCAAAGACAUCUUCACUCGCUUCGACAUGGACGGCGACGGAAGCCUCACACAGCUCGAGCUCGCCGCUCUCCUCCGUUCCCUCGGCAUCAAACCCCGCGGCGAUCAAAUCUCUCUCCUCCUCAACCAAAUCGACCGUAACGGUAACGGCUCCGUCGAGUUCGACGAGCUCGUCGUCGCGAUUCUCCCCGACCUCAACGAGGAGGUGCUCAUUAACCAGGAGCAGCUCAUGGAGGUUUUCCGUUCGUUCGAUCGUGACGGUAACGGUCAAAUCACGGCGGCGGAGCUUGCGGGGUCGAUGGCUAAAAUGGGACAUCCGUUGACUUAUCGCGAGUUGACGGAGAUGAUGACGGAGGCUGAUUCUAACGGUGACGGUGUUAUUAGUUUUAAUGAGUUUGCGCAUAUCAUGGCUAAAUCCGCCGCUGAUUUUCUUGGAUUAACUGCUGCUUAAUUCUCUUAUGUUUGUUUUUGAUUAAAUUGAUUAUUUUCUAAUGUUCAGUUGUUUUAUUGUAUUAUGCAACCUUGUGUAAUUUAACAAUGGGCGUUAAUCUUCCCUCUUUUCUUCUAAUUAGUUUAUGAUGAUAUACUAGUUGGUGACUUUA